AGGCAUUGAUUUCACGACCAAAGAACGAUUACUUUGAGACACACACAACCACAUCGUCAUCUUCAUCGUCCAAACACACUUCGACACUUGAACUGCUUAUGUUCUUCCUCUGGAAACCUCUUCCGCACCCCUCUCCAAUUUCCACGCUUAUGUAUGUGAUUCUACUUGACAAACAAACACUCUUUCCUUAUAAUAAUUCACCCUUGUUCUUUAGGUUCAAGUCUUUGUCAUUGUGCCGGUGCAAGAUAGGGUUUCACUUUUUCAAUCAGAACUUGAACUAACUAUGACCAGGUUCACAAAUUGCUUUGUAACUAGAAAGGUUAGUGAUUAGUGAGUGAGUGGAAGGUGUUUGAUCAAAUUAAUAUGCAUCGAAAUAGUUGCGCAUUUGGUUCAUCAUCAGGAUCAGCUCAUAUACCCCCAAAUCGAUUGAAUGCUAUGCAAAUCAAUCAAAUGGGUUCUUCUUCUGAGAACCAUAAACCCUAUGGUAUUCCACCCUCUCACCCUAAUACCAAUAUCUCACCUUCUUCAACUUAUCCUCAAUUUUUUAAUUCUGGUUCCCCCAAUUUGAGCUCUGCAUCAUCAUCCCAUUCCAGGUCUUUGUCUCAACCCUCAUUUUUCUCUCUGGAUUCCUUGCCCCCAUUGAGUCCUUCCCCUUAUAAAGAACCCUUUUCAGACUCAAUUUCAAUUGAUGUGUCUGUGGAGGAGAAUUUGGCUACCUCUCAUGCCCCUUCCCCUAACCGCGGUCACGCGGUUCAGCUUGGCCAUUCUCUUCCUCCUCGAAAAGGACAUAGGCGUUCUAGCAGUGAUUCCCCUUUAGGAAUUUCUGAAUUUAUUCAGUCUAUCCCUCAGCUGGUUCCGUCUAGGAAUUGGAGUGAGCGUGGCAAUUCGGCUUCUAGAGCAGAGAACUCAGGUUUUGAGAAGCCAAUUCAGUUAGUGUUAAAGGAGCCAAACAAAGAUAUGCACUGUGUUGAUGGGAAGAAAGAGGAUGAUGAUCUGGAUGAUUUAUUUAGUGCAUAUAUGAAUUUGGACAAUAUUCAUAGUCUGAAUUUUUCUGGUAUGGAAGAUAAGGAUUUGGAUAGCAGAACAAGUGGUUCCAAGACUGUUGAAAGCAGUGACAACGAAGUUGAGAGUCAUGCGAAUGGAAAAGCAACCGGUGCUCAAGGUGCAAGUUCAAGCUGUUCAGAUGAGAGGAGGGAAGGAGUGAAGAGGAGUUCUAAUGGAGACAUUGCACCUAGUGCUCGGCACCGGAGAAGUUUCUCAUUGGACAGCUCCAUGGGAAAUUUUCAUAUUGGAGAUGAAUCACCUAAGCUUCCUCCCUUGCAAAACAGAGUUGGUCAACACUCGCCUAGCAAUUCGAUAGAUGGUAAAACAUCUGAAAUCAGCAUGGAGUUUGGAAAUGGUGAAUUCAGCUCUGAGGAGAUAAAGAAAAUAAUGGAUAAUGAUAAACUUGCUGAAAUUGCCAUGUCUGAUCCCAAACGAGCAAAAAGGAUUUUGGCUAAUCGUCUAUCUGCUGCUCGCUCAAAGGAGCGGAAGAUGCGGUAUAUUACUGAAUUGGAGCACAAGGUCCAAACUCUUCAGACAGAGACAAUUGCAUUGUCUACUCAAUUUACCAAGUUACAGAUGGAUAAUUCAGAGCUUAGAACUGAGAAUAAUGAAUACAAAUUGAGUAUUCAAGCCUUGGAACAACAAUCCCAACUGAAAGAUGCUCUGAAUGAGACCCUGGAUGCUGAAGUGCGGCGUCUGAGACGCACCGUUGCAGAACUUGGCGGAGAGUCCCUCCAUUCAAGUCGCAUGGCACAGCAGCUUGCCAUUAACCAGCAAAUGUUCCUGUUACAGCAGCGGCAGCAGCAGCGCCCCAGCCAACUUAGACAUUCUCAGGAACAGACACAGACUCAGUCACAGCGCCACAAUGGCAAAGCUACAGUCUAUUGAUCGCAUUAACUAUAUAAUCAUUGUACUAUCAUUAGUUUGCUUUUAUAUAACUGGGUUCAUUAUUAGUUAUAAUUUUUUAGUUUUUUCCUUCCUCAGUGUUUCUCCCAUGUGAUUUUAUAUUUUUAUUUCCCCAACUUUCAUAAAAUAAUGACAGACAAUUACAUACAAUAUUUUAUUACAUUUAUAUAAAUAUGCUUUUC